ACCUUUCUUUUCUCUCCUCUUUCUGCAAAAAGUUGCGAUCUUUUCCAUGGUUUGAGAAAGAGUUUCAGCUUUUUUUCUUCCAGGGGAAAAUGGUUUGUACUGCCCUGGAACCAAACAAGCUUCAACUAAUCUAAUAUUUUCUCUCAUCAUUGGAAGGAAGAAAAUUCAGCGUUCCUGCAAAUUCCUGUUCUUUUCUCUGUUGCCAAUUUUCCUGAUCUGAAAUGGGUUCCAGGCAACGGCCGCUGCAAACUUGUUGGAUUUCCCUCCUAGAAAUUUCUCGCAAAGCCUACACAACGGCGUCCAGAAACUACAAUGUCGGGGAUUUGGCGGUCAAUUUUGCAUCUCCAUCAGUAAUCUGCGCCUUGCAAUGUCAGUUUUUUGCAAUUCUGGCAUUUUUGGAUGACUGGAUUUUAAGGAUAGAAAGCUUGGCGGAAGCCAUUUUCCCGCCAUUGAAGCAGUUUUUUGACAGGAUCGAUGAGCUUGUUAAAGUUGCAGAGGCUCUCCCCGAGAAGCUUGAUGAUACGAUCAAAAAGUUUCCGGCUUUGGUUCACCAUGUUCCGUUUCUGGAUUGGGCAUUACUCCAUUUUAUUUCUUGGCUGAGAUUCUUGAUAACUGUGAUGACUAAUUGGGGUAUAAUGGGUGCGAAGGAGAAAGAGAUCAAUGUUACUGAUGUCAAUAAUCGUCGUAACGAUGGAUUGACUGACAUGAGGAGGAGGAAGAAGAAGAAGAAGACGAUGAAGAUGGAUGUUCAAAUCAAUACUAGCAAAGAAGGGUCGAAUCAUAAUGACCAGCCAUUGACUAGGGAGGAAGUAGUCGCUGGAAAGAAGUUGAUUAGCGUAGAUCCUGACAUGAUUGAAGGAAAGCCGGAAAUUGUCACUGAUCACCAUGCCGAUGUUCAGACAAUAAUGAUUGAUGGAUUGAUGGUCCAACAAGAACCCGAUCGUCUGACAAUCCUCGCAGGCAAUGAAGCGAUGAUUGUUCAUGAAAGGAACAAUUGUUCUCUAGGAGUCGAUGAAAAGUGCACUAGCAUUGAUCCAAAAAUAGUAGAAGAAUCGAAAGAAACUACAUCAACAGGAAAUGAAGAGCCUAUGAAAAUUGUUCCUCGAGACAUUGAUGAUCAAACAUCUGAAGCAGAUAGAAUGGCGAUCCUACAAGAGGUAGGUCAUCAAACAUUCCCGACAAGCAAUGAUCAAAAAGUUGUUAAGGAUAUUGAUGAAAACAAUGAUAAGGUGCAAAGAAUCAACAAGACGUUGACUAGCAAUUAUCCCAAAACAACUGAAGGAGCAGAGCAACAUAUAUUAACAAGCAAUGAACAUCUCGAAAUCACAGCUCACGGCACCACUGGUCAAACAUUUACAUCAAAUGGAUUGACGAGCCAAAAUGCAUAUGAUAAUCAGGCAUUACAAACAAGCAAUGAUGUGACAUUAAUUCAAAAGAGUAAUGGGAGCAGCAAUGUUGUUGAGCACAUCGAUCAAAGGCCGACUAGUGACAACCUGAAAACACAUGAAGGAACAAUAGAAGAAUGCGGACUAACAGGCGGUGAAAAACAGGAGAUUGCAAUUCAAGAGAAUGAUGAUCUAACAUCUUCAUCAAAAGGCUUGAAAAUCGGACAAGAGGCGACUAAUAAUAAUUUGACAUUCUUGACUACUACUGAUCCGACAAUUCCUCAAGAAAAUGGCGAUGAGAUGCUUCCCUGUAACGAAUCAGAUUUUGACCCAUCCAUUACAAGAAAUGGGCCGACACUUGUUUCAGAGACCGACGAUACAACCAUGGAUUCAGAUUGCAGUCAAAUCAAGUUAGAUCACGACAUUUGUGCACCUUUUCCAAAGGAACGUCUGACUAGUGUGGCAGGAAUUCCAGGAACUAGUUGGUCUAAUGUAGUCAAAGGAAGUUAUAAGGAUGUUCUUGAGAAGGGGAAAUACGAGAGCUUACAGGAAAGCUAUAAGCACAGAGGAUUGAGGCAAGACAAGUCGAGAAGACAAGGAAAAAAGGCAGGAAAGGGUACUCAAGAAGAGGGUAGGGAAGGGAAAGGGAGAAGGAAGGGGAAAAGAAAGAAGGUGGGUAACAAAGUUGAGUCAUUUUCUGACUAUUAGCCUGGGAAGAAAGAAUCCAUGACCAAAGUUUAGAGAGAAAUGCCAAGGGAACUUGUUGGUCAUUGGAUUUAAAACAUUGGUGUGUGCUCGAUUGACUUUAUGUAUUAGCUCUAUAAAUCUUUAUAGGCUAAAUUACACGUUUGGUCACUCAAAUUAUACAAAUUUUUCAUGUUUGUCACCUGAAUUACUUUUGUUUCUUAGUCGUCACUAACUUUACGAAUCAUUUCACCGUUAGUCACCGGCCGUUACACUCCGUUAAAUUUGUCCUACGUGGCAGUCAACUAUUAAGUUUGACCAUUAACUUGAUGACGUGGAAAUAAAAAAAUAAAAAAAUAUUUUCCACCUCAUUAUCCCACAUACUUUAUCUAAAUACUUUUCAUAUUAAUUAUUUAAUAAAAAUAAUUAAAUUAC